CACGGUGCCGUGCCUCAGUUUCCUCAAGUCCUGGUUUCUGGGUCAGCUGUGAGACCUCGAGCUACUUAUUUGCCCUUUGGACAGCUUCCUUCAGUGUGCUCCCUCCUGCUAAGCAUUUUGCAAAAUGGCUCUUCAGGAUUAAUUUAUCCCACCCUUCCCGGAGUGGUGGAUAUUAACGUUCUCAUUUGACAGACAGGGCUGUGAGAACCCCGACUCACAGCCGGGUGUUCUGGUGCCUUUCUCAUGGCUUGCCAGUGGGUUGUCCUCGUUUUAGCUCAUUGCAUCCUCUCCACAGCCCACUUGACAGACGAGGAAACUGAGGCUCGGAAAGGUGUUUGAGCACCAACUACAUGCCGGGCGCUGGAAUCCCCUGCCCUCCUGGAGCAGGCAAAAAUGACCCAGAUGUGGAAACAGAAGCCCAGAGAGGCUUAACGCUUGCCCGGGGUCACACAGCCUGAACACUACAGAGCUGACAUUGGAACCCAGAGAAGAGCAAGCCAAGCCCAGAGCUGGGCAGAGGGCAGGGAGGCCCGCUCCCGCCGGCGCCCAUGAAGCUCAACGAGCGCAGCCUGGCCUCGUACGCGACGAGCGGCGCGCCGGCCGACCGCGCGGGCUUCCUGUACAAGCGGGGCGGCCGCGCCGCCGCCUACCACCGGCGCUGGUUCGUGCUGCGCGGCAACAUGCUCUUCUACUUCGAGGACGCGGCCAGCCGCGAGCCGGUGGGCGUCGUCAUCCUGGAGGGCUGCACGGUGGAGCUGGUGGAGGCCGCCGAGGAGUUCGCCUUCGCCGUGCGCUUCGCCGGCGCCCGCGCGCGCGCCUACGAGCUGGCGGCCGAGAGCCAGGCGGCGCUGGAGGGCUGGGUGAAGGCGCUGUCGCGCGCCAGCUUCGACUACCUGCGCCUCGUCGUGCGCGAGCUCGAGCGCCAGCUGGCGGCCAUGCGGCCCGGCGCCGCGCCCCGCGCGCUCCCGCCCGCCGACGGCAGGGAGAGCGCGCGCGCCGCCUGGAGCGCCGAGCCCCCCGCCGGCCCCGCGCCCCCGCCGCGGCCGCCCCGCCGCCGCGCCUCGGCGCCCGACGCGCCCCCCGACGCCGCCGCCUUCGCCCGGCUGCACGAGAGCUACGGCCGGGAGGUCAGGGCCCUGCGCAGCCGCUGGCUCAGGAGCCGGGCCCAGCCCUGAGAGCCUGCGCCUCGUCGGGCUCCAGGCCAGCCGGGGGGCGCCGGGGGCCUGGUUCUGCAGGACUCCAGCCCCGAGAGACUGGGGGACAUCGGGGUCCAGGCCUGCCUCGAGGUGCGCGCGCAGCCUGGUUGCGGGGACUCAAGGUCUGAGAAGACGCUGGAUUCUGAGGGUGCUUUAGGACCUGUGUGACUCAGAAAGCCGGGCUUCGUGGGCGCCCCGUGCCUGACUCGAGGGAGAAUCCAGGGCCUGGAGGAGCCUCAAGAAGCCCGAGGGCUGGUGUGCAGGGAGCUCCGCCCCAGGCCCGGCCGGAAUCACCCAGCGAAGGCCCGUUGCUGGCGACAGGCCCCGGCUGUGGCGACUGGGACCUGCCGAGGGUCUGUGGGCUGAACGGCAGCUGGCCGGUCGGCCGGGCCUGGCGCGCACGGGGAGAAGGCGGCGCCACGCCUGGGCCCUGCCUCCUCGGCUCCGGGCCGCCUGCCUCCAGGCGCAGCGGCGGCAGCUUUCAGGGCGUGACCGGUACCUGAGACUGCCUGGUCCCCAGGGCUCCUGGCCUGGAGGGGGCCGAGGCAGGACUUUGCCCCGGGCUCAGCCAGGCCCGA